GUCAGCCUUACAGGCCUGUGUCUACAGCGACAAUCCGACAUCAACUGUUCCAGAUUAUCAAGGAUAGAGCAAAGUUUAGGGUUGGAAUUGAUUCUGGGAACACUCAGAUUACACAAAAAAGUUUAACUGAAGGGUGAUGACCAUUGUCUCUAUGUGGGAAACCGUAAAUGAAUGGGAGUAGUGUGAAUUUGAGUGGUUAAAAAACUUAUCAGAUCCGUCCAACACCGUCAUCAUCGUCGUCGUUCAGUGACCAGACAAAACCCUAGUUCACAGAUCCGCGUUUUCAUCGCCGAUUAUCAGAGCUCUGUCGAUUCCAGUCAUUCUUCUUCAUCUGAGCUAUGGAUAAGGACAAGUCUCCUGCGCAUGGUGGAGGUUUACCACCACCAUCAGGCAGGUACUCGAGUCUUUUGCCGACUUACAAUGUGAAGACUGAACCCUCUUCAUCAUCAUCAUUUCCACCACUGGCCUCUGGUGCUACUGCAGAGCCAGGUCAUUUUGGUCACGGAAUGUCCACUGAAUCUAAUCACUUUAGUCAUGAUAUUAGCCGAAUGCCAGAUUACCCACCAAGGAAAUUGGGUCAUAGACGUGCCCAUUCGGAAAUUGUGACCCUUCCAGAUGAUAUUAGCUUUGAUAGUGACCUCGGUGUUGUGGGUGGUGCCGAUGGUCCUUCAUUUUCAGAUGAGACAGAGGAAGACUUGUUGUCUAUGUACCUUGAUAUGGACAAAUUCAAUUCUUCAUCUGCUACAUCGGCCUUUCAAGUGGGUGAACCAUCAGCUUCUGCUGCACCAGCUGCUCCAGCAACAAGAGUGCUCACUAGCUCUACAGAGAAUAUUAGCAUGGGUACUUAUGAGAGACCCAGAGUUAGGCACCAACAUAGCCAAUCAAUGGAUGGAUCAACAACCAUCAAAACAGAGAUGCUGGUGUCGAGCUCAGAAGAGAUGUCUGCAGCUGAUUCCAAGAAAGCCAUGUCAGCUACCAAGCUUUCGGAACUUGCCUUAGUUGAUCCAAAACGUGCAAAGAGGAUCUGGGCAAAUAGGCAGUCAGCUGCAAGGUCAAAGGAAAGGAAGAUGCGGUACAUUGCAGAGCUUGAACAGAAAGUUCAGACCUUGCAAACAGAAGCAACAUCGUUGUCUGCUCAGUUGACUCUCUUGCAGAGAGACACAAAUGGUCUGACUGCUGAAAACAGUGAACUGAAACUGCGCUUGCAAACGAUGGAGCAACAGGUUCACUUGCAAGAUGCACUUAAUGAUGCACUCAAAGAGGAAAUUCAGCACCUGAAAGUUCUGACUGGCCAAGCUAUGCCAAAUGGUGGACCUAUGAUGAACUUCGCUUCUUUUGGUGCUGGUCCUAGUGCUGGCCAGCAGUUUUAUCCAAACAAUCAAGCCAUGCACACUCUUCUAACUGCACAGCAAUUUCAACAGCUCCAGAUACAUUCUCAGAAGCAGCAGCAUCAGUUUCAGCAGCAUCAACUGCAUCAACUUCAGCAACAACACAUGCAGCAGCAGCAGCAACAACAACCACAACCAUCUCCACAACAGCAGCAGCAGCAGCAGCAGCAACAACAACAACAAAGUGAGGACUUGAAAACAGGAGCAACCAUGCAGUCUCCAAGUUUAAAUGAUAAUGCUUCAGAGGUCAACCAAACAGUAGCAAAGGAUUGUUAAGAGAAAUUCUCCAGUUGGUCAGAAGUAUUGGGGGUACGUAGGCAGAUCAGGACAAGAGCUUUUCUAAUAAGCAAGCCAAGCUGCUGAAAUCGCAGAAAUGCACACCUGAAUUGGAACAUUUGGGUUGUUAACAAGCAAUGCUACUCUUCUUAUCAAAAUUGGAUUGAUAUAAGAGGAUGCUGGAUAUACAAAUAGAGUUGGCUGAAGUUUAAAAUCACUGAAGGAAAUUCUGUACAUAAUGUUAUUAUGCCCCUGAAGUUUAUUACUUUUCAAACGCAGUCGUUAAAGUGAAUUUAGAUAUAUAUGGGAAGACCAGCAGAGGAUUGGUUACUGAUGAUAUGAAGGUGUGAAUGAGAAGAUAGAGUCGGUAAUCUAGAAGUGAAGGAGAAUACUUGACCAAUGAAUAUUCCUUUCUUAUUUUGGUUUUUUUCUUUUCUAUUUUAUUUUGAAUUAGUUUGCCCAUUUGGAUCCUUUUCGUUAUGAAACUGUGAACUUCAUUCGAUUUCUGUCAGUUAAUUCAGUUAGAAAGAAAGCAAUGAUAAAUGUUAUAAAACUUGAAUGCAGUUAAACUAGCAGCGCGGGGCUCUGUAACUAGUUCCAUUAAUAUAAUGCUGACAUGAUUUGGUA